AUGUCUCGCCCACGAAGCGCAUCAAAUCUCGCGCUUUCUUUUACUUCAGACAAACCGCUGGGACUACAAAGAUGCGGAUGGAAUAUUCCUAUCAACAGGCUUCUCUUCUCGUGGUCAACGCUUCCAGUCUUCCGAUAUAGGGCGCUUUCAGCCCUGUAUCUCACCUUCUCUCUCACCAUGUCGACCGGGCGCAAGGUCUUUCAUUGUGCCGUGGAUGAGACGGCCUUGUCUACCAAUAUUAGCGAGAUCAAGAAAUGGACUACCAACGGGGCAAUCGAUCUUGUCGUUCCUCUUUACACCCUUGAACGCCUCCAUGCGCUGAAGCGAGCCGGAUCUCAGGUCGCCAUCAACGCCCGCGAGGCUGUGCGCUUUCUCGACCGGGUCACCUCUGGCAAGGAUCAUAUCGCCGCCGACCGAGUCCUUCUCCAAGGCCCGAUGGAACAAUAUGACCGCUGGGAAGAGGCCGAGAAAUUCUUCCUUCCGGAAUUCGAGGAGGAGCCCGAGGCAAUCGACGACGCAGUCACCAAUGGCGAGGCGACCGAGCCCCUCGCAAAAGAGACAAUCACCAAGACCGAGCCUAACGACCUGUCGCAAAUGCUCCUCUCCAAGUUGAACUUCAAGAAGGACCCAGAGGCCGCGUCGAUCACUUCCGUCGGUUCGCCCAGUGGACCUGGCUCGCGCACGUCCUCUCGCAGCUCUCGCACCAGUCCUGAAUGCGCCCAGCACGAUUCAAGCAAUGGAACCGCCAAGAAUGAGAAGAGCAAGGCCUCUAACCACCAGCGCUCGAUCUCCGCAUCCGUCAUCCCGACCGCACCGGCCGCCCUUCGCCCUCUGCUGAGCGCCUUACUUUGGCGCCUGCACAACGGACCCGACGCUGAGAACUCCGCAAAGACUUGCAUCCUGAUUACCAACGACCGCGCGACCCAGGUGUGGGCGCAGAAGUUUGGAAUUGGCGUCAAGAACAUCCUCCAGUUGCGCACCGCUAUUCAAUACGAGGAGCGCGAGUACAAGAACCGCUGCAAAUACGUCGAGAAGAUCCAAACCCUACCCUCCGAACCCAAGACCUUAUUGUCCUACGAGGAAGAAAGCGACGAGGAUGAGCUGGUCUUUGUUCCCCGUGGUCGUGGCAAAGGUGCGCCUCGUGCUUCGCGUGGUGGCCAGCGCAAGGCUGCUCCCAAGCCGGCCCCCAAGUCUGCGCCUGCUCCCGCCGAGAACUCGGUUGAGGUUCCAACCCAGCCUAUUGACCCUGACUCGUUCAGCCGGUCUUUGGGUGGCGCCACCAAGCAGCCCACCGUGGACUUGAACACGCAACCAGGUGCUACCCGAGGGAUCUCGGGCGCCUCUCGUCGUUCCUCCAAUGGACGCCGAGGCGGGCCUUCUCGCGGUGCACGAGGUAGCGGUCGUGGCCGGGGCAAGCUCUGGGUUCCUUGAUUACACGAGUGACGGUCUACCGACUCUAUCAUUUGAUAGGAUGACGUAGAUCGUGUUGGACCAACGCAUCCAGAACCGGACAAGGGUAUCUCUUUUCUCUUUGCUGGGCUGCUACUAUAUCUUGCUGUGAUUGCUUGAUUGCCCGCAGAGUGUGUUCCCCUCUCUAAUCCCCGGCAACUCCAGACCACGAUCGGAUCUCGGACUAUCUCGACCUCGAACAGGACAUGAAUCCAGUGGAGGAUUCAGUCCGCGGCCCCUGUGCUGCAUGGAUUUGUUGAAGAUUGUCCCUCUUUGCCCUGUUCCCCCUCGGAGGAGAUGGGAGGCGAUGAAUGUUAUUUUGGAGGGAGAUUAUGAUAGUUGAUUUUGAUUCAUCUACAUCCCAGUUGUAAAGUGCACAUGGUCCAGUAAAUUGUAGUGUGAUACCUUAUGUAUGGAGUAUAAAGAAUGAAGUAUCAAGUAUGAAGGCUGAAUGAAGUAUAGACAGCUGAACGGGACUUCCCCGCGUGAUUGACCCGUGGGACAUACACAUCACUUGACUUUCC